CCCCGGCUCCGCUCCCGCCCUCAUCUCUUGGCUCCGCCCAAGGGCCUGGAUACCCACCAAUCCUCAGACUCCCCCAUCCCCUUCGGCCCCGCGUAGUCCGGGCUGCCGCCGCCGCCGUCUCUCGUCUCUGCCCUUCCACCGCCGCUAUGCUGCAGAUGAAUGACUCGGUGGAGCCGGAUGCGGCUGUGCUCCCGACGGUGGGCAUCUCAGCUCCGGGCUUCCCAGUGGAAGCCACUGCCGGGACCGAGCCAGUGCCCUGUGAGGCGACGGCGGUGGGCAGCAGUUUGGAAAGCAGGGUUCCCGCGGCCUACGGCGUCGAGACCCUGACUCCGUUCAGUGUAAAGGAUCCCACUCUGCAGGCCAGGAUCAAGGAUUAUUUCGUGUUCAGGCCAGGGACGAUUGAAAAGGCUGUUUCAGAUAUCCGAUCUAUUGCUGUACCAAUAGAAGAUGGAGGUGUGCAGAGUGUGUGGCUGCUGACAGAGAUCGACCACUGGAACAAUGAGAAGGAACGCCUGGUGCUCAUAACUGAGCGAUCACUGCUCCUGUGUAAAUAUGACUUCAUCAACCUCAGUUGCCGACAAGUUAUACGAAUUUCACUGAACGCUGUGGAUACUAUUUCCAUUGGAGAGUUUGUUUUUCCUCCAAAGUCUUUGAACAAGAGAGAGGGACAUGGGAUUCGGGUUCAGUGGGACAAACGGGAGACGCCAUCCUUUAUUAAUCGCUGGAAUCCAUGGUCCACUGACAUGCCAUAUGCCACUUUCACUGAACAUCCCAUGGCAAAUGCAGAUGAGAAGAUUGCAUCUCUCUGCCAGCUGGAGAACUUUAAGACCCAAUUAAUCCAAGCAGUGAAGAAGGCUCACAAAGAGGCACCACUGCCAGGCCGGGCCAAUGGAGUGCUGAUCUUGGAGCGGCCUCUUCUCAUUCAGACCUACGUAGGGUUAAUGUCAUUCAUCAAUAAUGAAGCUAAAUUGGGCUAUUCUAUGUCAAGGGGAACAAUUGGAUUUUAAAGGACCUGAGGUAUUCCAUAUUGCCUCCUCUGCACCCUUUCAAUUUGCAUUAUUCCAAGUUAGGAAAUGGACACCUUUGGGUGCAUGUCAGGAGUUGGAAUAAACUGGGUGAGAUCGCUCUUUCCUGAGAGCACAGGCAAUUGUAGCAUGUGGUGCAAUGUUAUUUUUAAGAACAGUGCUUCUGUAAUAUUGCAUAUUAUACAAAGUGCAGCAUUGCAAUUGAAAAAUGAUUAGCACAGUGUCGUGCUUGUGUUGCAGAUGUUUACUGAUGGACUUGCUUCCUAUGCUUGUUUUUGCAACCUACAGAAACUGGUCAUAUUUUAAUUACUUUGUCAUAAUCGUCUGUGUUUUAGUCAGAGGUGAAAGUGGGGGGCCAGUUACUACAGUUUGCUUUCACUUCUUGAUUCUGGUUCAAGUAUAUCACAAACAAAAGCAGAUAGAGAAAAGCUGCAUGUUUGGGUUUGAAAUCAACCCAGAUGUGGUCUUUGAUGGUCAUCCUGAAGCAAGGAUGGUCUGACGCAGUCACUAAGUGACUGUGAUGUACAAACUAAUGUCAUGUAGUCAUCUGGUUAAAUUUCUGGAUUAUUGAUUCAAAGAUGGGUUUGAAUCUUGUUACUGUUGGGAAAACUUUCUAGUAAUUAAAUCUUGAACUUAAAAGGCAAAACUAUUGUUGUAAACCCCCAUUUGGUUCAUUAAAAUCCUUCAAGAAAGGAGAUUCAUUACCCUUGUGUGGUAUGACCUGUUUUCUCACUAUUGACUUUUCAGGAGUAAUUGGAUUUAGAUGACAAAUGGAGUAGUAGUGCCUACAUCAGUCACUAAUUCAUUUACUUUCAAAGAAAGCUAAUACUGCAUGUAAUAACUGAAGUUGUAUUACUACAUUUUAUCCAUACUGACCUGAUGGCCAGAGACCAUGGAACAGAAGCAAUUCUGUAGUCUGGUAUGGGAAGGUUCAGAAGUACAAAUAAUUUUCGUUUCAGCGAGAAAAGUGUACAAGUUGCAUUAUACUAUAAUAGGGAAAAAAAAGUUGAGCAAACAUUACCAGUCUAAAAUAAACAACCUUGCAAAGGUGCAAGAUUAACCAUUCACUUUUACCAGCAUUUGUAACUCCAUUUUGAGACCAGUUAUUUAUGCCAAAGUUACUGUCUUCCAUAAGUCAUGAAGAAAUGCAUUAAGUAUACUUAUCCAAUGUCCAAAUAAAAUGGCAUAUCAAAAAUUGGAAUAUGAAAUACUAGAUAUGCAGGAUUUUGGCUGAAGAAAAAUCAGAACCCAUGAACAGCUAAAACUACUAUAGUGGUAGGAUACCAUGCUGGUGAGGUGGUUAACAUAAGAAAUGGGAGCAGGAGUAGGCCAUGUGGCCCCUUGAGCCUGCUCCACUAUUCAAUAAGAUCAGGGCUAAGAUCUAGCCUUGGACUAACCUCCACCUACUUGCCUUUUGCCCAUAACCCUUAAUUCCCCUACUACGCAAAAAUCUAUCCAACCUUGUCUUAAAUAUGUUUACUGAGGUGGCCUCCACUGCUUCAUUGGGCAGAGAAUUUCACAGAUUCAGCACCCUCUGGGAAAAGCAGUUCCCCAUCAUCUCUGUCCUAAAUCUAUUCCUUGAAUUUUGAGGCUAUGUCCCCUAAUUCUAGUCUCACCUAUCAGCAGAAACAACUUUCCUGCCUUUACCUUAUCUAUCCCUUUCAUAAUUUUAUGUUUCUAUAAGAUCUCCUGCAAUGCUGACAUCCCACAAUGUUAGCGCAAUGCUUUUACAGCAUGGGACAUUUUGAAAUUUAAUUCUGGUGCCGUUCUGUAAGGAGUCUCUGUACGUCCUCCUUGUGGAAUGUGUGUUUUCCCUGGGUGUCCUGGUUUCCUGGUUUCCUCCCACAGU